GUGUGUGCAGCUGCACAGAGCACAGGGCCAGCACCAAGGCCUGGUGGGAUCAGGAACAGGGUGACGUGAUGGACUCAGGUUUGAGUCAGAGCAGGCCCUGCGCCUGAGCGUGGAGGCCGAUAUCAACGGCCUGCGCCGCGUCCUGGACGAGCUGACCCUGUCCAGAGCCGACCUGGAGAUGCAGAUCGAGAACCUGAAGGAGGAACUGGCUUAUCUGAAGAAGAACCACGAGGAGGAAAUGAGUGCCCUGCGCGGGCAGGUGGGUGGGGAGAUCAGCGUGGAGAUGGACGCUGCCCCUGGAAUCGACCUGACCAAGAUCCUGGCGGAGAUGCGGGAGCAGUACGAGAGCCUGGCGGAGAAGAACCGCAGGGACGCCGAGCAGUGGUUCUUCAGCAAGACGGAAGAGCUGAACCGGGAGGUGGCCAUCAACACGGAGCAGCUGCAGAGCGGCAAGACGGAGAUCACGGAGCUGCGGCGCACGAUCCAGAGCCUGGAGAUCGACCUGCAGUCCCAGCUCAGCACGAAAGCGGCGCUGGAGGGCACCCUGGCCGACACGGAAGCGCGCUACGGCACCCAGCUGGCCCAGCUGCAGGCGCUGAUCACCAGCGUGGAGGAGCAGCUGGCCGAGCUGCGCUGCGACAUGGAGCGCCAGAACCACGAGUACAGGGUCCUGCUGGACGUCAAGUGCCGCCUGGAGCAGGAGAUCGCCACGUACCGCCGGCUCCUGGAGGGCGAGGACGCCCACAUGUCCUCCCACUACAUCGCGCCAAAAGAAGGGCCUGUAACCACCCGCCAGAUCCGCACGAUCUUCGAGGAGGUGCAGGAUGGGAAGGUGAUCUCCUCCCGGGAGCAGAUCACCCAGGCUGCCCACUGAGCCCUUGGAGCCCACUGAGCCUGGUUUGCUGCAAACCUCGCCUGGCACAGCAAAGCAGAUCCCUGCUGACAUGCUCUGGCCUUGUGUGCCAUGAAAAGCACCUUCUCCCUCUCUCACCCCCCUCCUUCCCCUCCCUCACCCUUCUCUCAGCACUGUGCCACACACAGAAAUCAAAUAAAGCUUCUCCUCACACU